AUGAAACCUUCCAGUUUUAUCCUGUCGCUCGCUCUUGCAGCUACCGCCACUGCGCAAACAAUCAACAUAGUCGCCCACGAGGAUGACGAUCUACUCUUCCUCAGCCCGGAUCUCCUCAGUGAAUUCGAAGAAGGUCGGAGCGUCCGCACCAUCUUCCUUACCGCUGGAGACGCGGGGAAUGAUGAAAGCUACUGGCUCGGUCGCGAGGAAGGGUCCAAAGCCGCCUAUGCGGAAAUGAGCGGUGUCGACAACUCCUGGACCCAAACUGACGCCGGAAUCGAUGGCUUCAGCAUCCCUCUGUUCACGCUGAACGGCAACCCCGAUGUCUCCCUUGUUUUCCUCCGAUUGCCCGAUGGAAAUGAUGGUGGAGAGGGAUUCGGAGGACGAGGAAGUCUUCAGCAGCUCUGGGAAGGAACCAUAGACUCUCUGACUUCCUUCACGGAUUCCUCCUAUGACAGAGACUCUCUGGUCGAUGUCCUGAGACAGCUGCUUGACGACUUCGACCAUGACCGUGUCAACACUCAGGAUUUCGUCCAUGACUACGGCGACGGAGACCACAGCGACCACCACACUACUGCUUAUUUUGUCCGUGAAGCCGUCGAUGACUGCGGGAAUGGCCAGGUCACAGCCUAUAUGGGCUACCCUGUUGUGUCCAACCCACAGAACGUUGAGGAUGGGGAGCUUUACCAGAAGACAGAUGCCUUCUACACAUACGGUCUUUAUGACAGAAACGUAUGUAACAGCGAGGAAACCUGCAGCGGCCGAGACGAGGCAGCCUGGCUUUUAAGACAAUACCAGGUCGAGCAGUUCGAGCAACCAACAUGUGAGAAUGAGAAUGAGAAUGAGGAGAAUCGGAUUGCCUCAACCUCUGGUGCUGUCAAGAGCUCCGCUGUCCAUUCCCAACCUGUGAUUCCACAUGCUACUGAGACUGUUGCACAGUCUUCUUCUGUUGCUGUGCCGUCCGAGACUGCUGCGCCUACUCAGCUUCUGUUCACCGGUGGUUCAGGCAAGAAUGUGAUUUCUGGAGGGGUAUGCAUUGUUGUUGCUGUUCUCUCUGUCAUUGCUCUCGUUUAG